AUGGCUCCGGAGGGGACACCGGGCACGGAUCGGGACCGCAGUGUGGCCCUCAGCCCGUCCUGGUGGCCCUCAGCUUAUCCUGGUGGCCCUCAGCCCAUCCUGGUGGCCCUCAGCCCGUCCUGGUGGCCCUCAGCCCAUUCUGGUGGCCCUCAGCCCAUUCUGCAGCCGGGAGCGGCCCCGGGGGGGUCCCUGGGGGUCCCCGGAGGGAUCCCUGGGGCAUCCCUGGGGGUCCCCGGGGGAAUCCUUGGGGCAUCCCUGGGGGUCCCCGGAGGGAUCCCUGGAGCAUCCCUGGGGGUCCCUGGGGCAUCCCUGGGGGUCCCCGGGGGAAUCUCGGGGGGAUCCCUGGGGGUCCCCGGGGGGAUCUCGGGGGGAUCCCUGGGGGUCCCCGGGGGGAUCUCGGGGGGAUCUCCUGCCCCUUCCCUCGGGCACGGAGACAAAUCCCAUCCUCUGCUCGUCCCUCCCGCCCCGCUCAGGGAGGUGAAGACGGAGCCCGAGGAGGACAAACCCCCGCGGCAGAACCUUCUGGAAGAGCCCGCUGGGGGCGGCUCCAGCGCCCAGGGAUGCGAGGAGGAGAAGCCCCCGAGGACGGGCUGCGAGUCCCGGGGGGAAGGAGCCACCCUGGAGCUCGGAGGGGUCCCGAGCUCGGAGCUGGGGCUCCAGCUGCUGCUCUUCGAUAAGAAGAAGCCGCACAGGUGCGAGGAGUGCGGGAAGAGCUUCCGCAAGAAGCGUUACCUGAACCUCCACAGCAGAAUCCACAGCGGGGAGAGACCCUUCAAGUGCGGGGAGUGCGGGAAGAGCUUCAGGGUGAGCUCCAACCUGACGGUGCACCUGCGGAUCCACAGCGGGGAGAGGCCCUACGAGUGCGAGAAAUGCCACAAGAGCUUCCAGAGGAGCUCCAGCCUCAUCAGGCACAAGCGGAUCCACACGGAGCAGAGACCUUUCCGCUGCCCCGAGUGCGGGAAGGGCUUCGGGAAGGACUCCACGCUCGUCGCCCACCUGAGGAUCCACAGCGGGGAGAGACCCUUCAAGUGCGAGGAGUGCGGGAAGAGGUUCAGGGUGAACUCCAACCUGGUCACCCACCAGAGGAGCCACAACAGGGAGAGGCCCUACGAGUGUGAGAAAUGCUCCAGGAGGUUCCAGAGCAGCUUCAGGCUCCUCCAGCACCAGCAGGUCCACACGGAGGAGAGACCCCACCGGUGCCCCGAGUGCGGGAAGGGCUUCAGGAAAAAAUCCCAGCUCGUGGCCCACCGGCAAACCCACAGCGAGGAGAGACCCCACGAGUGCCCCGAGUGCGGGAAGGGCUUCAGGAAGAUCCACGCGCUGGUGUCCCACCUGCGGAUCCACACCGGGGAGAGGCCCUACGAGUGCGAGAAGUGCCGCAAGAGCUUCCAGAGCAGCUCGCACCUGCUGCGGCACCAGACCAUCCACACGGGCGAGAGGCCCUUCCGCUGCCCCGACUGCGGGAAGCGCUUCAACCGCAACUCCAACCUGACGGCCCACCGGCGCAUCCACAGCGGGGAGAGGCCCUUCAGGUGCGAGAAGUGCCCCAGGAGGUUCCGCACCAGCACCACGCUGCUGCGGCACCGCUGGAUCCACGCGGGCGAGUGGCCCUUCCGCUGCCGCGACUGCGGGAAGGGAUUCAGGAGCGGCGCCCACCUGGUGAGGCACCGCAGGAUCCACAGCGGGGAGAAACCCUACGAGUGUCCCCAGUGCGGGAAGGGAUUCGCGCAGAGCUCCAACAUGAGCCGGCACCGGCGGAGCCACCAGGGAGGGGAGAGCUGCGGCCCCCGCCGGUGAUCCACGGUGAUCCACGGUGAUCCACGGUGAUCCACAGUGAUCUGUGUUGGUUCCUGGUGGUCCCUGGUGAUCCGUGGAGAUCCAUGAAUGAGCCCCGCAGAUGAUCCCCAGUGAUCCACGGUGAUCCUGGGUGAUUCCUGGUGAUCCGUGGUGGUCCCUGGUGAUCCCUGGUGGUCCCCAGUGAUCCGUGGAGAUCCGCGGAUGAGCCCCACGGAUGAUCCCUGGUGAUCCUGGGUGAUCCAUGGUGAUUCCUGGUGAUCUGUGGUGGUUCCUGGUGAUCUGUUGUGGUCCCCAGUGAUCCGUGGAGAUCCAUGGAUGAGCCCCGCAGAUGAUCCCCAGUGAUCCGCGGUGUUUCCUGGUGAUCCUGGGUGAUCCAUGGUGAUUCCCAGUGAUCCCUGGUGAUCCAUGGAGAUCCGCGGAUGAGCCCCAGUGAUCUGUGGUGAUCCAUGGUGAUUCCCAGUGAUCCGUGGUGAUCCAUGGAGAUCCACGGAUGAGCCCCGCGGAUGAUCCCCAGUGAUCCGUGGUGAUCCCUGGUGGUCCCCGGUGAUCCCUGGUGAGCCCCAAAUGAUCCCCGGUGAUCCCUGCCGGGAACGCUCCUGCCCGGGGGUCUCCGGCUCCCCGGGGUCUGCGUUUCCUCCCCGCUGCUCUUUGUGUUUCCAACACCGGGAUGGCAAUAAAGGCGUUGAAUUUA